AUGCAACAUAGAGCAACGACCACAGAAGUGCUCGACACGAUCUCACUGGAGAAACAAACGGACAUUCAUGUCGAGGAAGCAUUGACACGCAAGUCCAAGGAAACUUCCGACGAAGAUGAGUUCGACUUAGAAUUCACUCGCGAGGAUUGGCGUAAGAUCAAACGACGGAUUGAUCGACGGCUGAUUGUGACAUGUGGAUUCAUGUACACGAUUAGUGUGAUGGACAGGAACAAUGUUGGAGCCGCAGCCAUAGCUGGUCUAACCACGGAGCUUCAGUUGACUGUCGGCUAUAGAUAUUCGGUGGUGGUGUUAGCUUUCUUUGCUACAUACUGCGUUUUCCAGGCACCUGCGACCAUUCUAUGCCGAAAGAUUGGACCACGAUUCUUCCUUGCUGGAACCACGUUCGCUUUUGGCGUUGUUAUGAUUGGAUUUGGCUUUCCACAGACAUGGACUGCGCUUCUGGGCCUCCGAUUGCUACUGGGAGUGCUUGAAGCAGGCUUUUUCCCUGCUUGCGUGUACUUGAUCUCGACGUGGUAUUCGAGAUAUGAUAUGCAUAAGAGGUACUCCUUUUUCUAUCUGAUUGGCUCUCUUGCAUCUGGGUUUGCCGGCAUCCUGGCAUACGGUCUCAUGCAGAUGAACGGUAUAGCCGGACUCUCAGGCUGGAGAUGGAUUUUCAUCAUUGAAGGCAUAUUUACCUGUGUCGUUGGAAUUGUGGGGUAUUUUCUCCUCAUAGACUUCCCAGACCGAUCUUUGAAGAAAUCCUGGCGCUUCCUGAGCGAACGAGAGCUGAAAUUUGUGAUUCGCCAGCUGUCGAAAGACCGAGACGAUGUUGAGCCGGAGCCAUGGAACUUCAAGAGAUGGGCAUCCUCUGGCCUCGAUCCCAAGGUUUGGGGUUUUGCAAUGAUCUUCUUUGGCGUCGUCACUAACGCCACCGGGAUUGGGUUCUUUCUUCCCAUCAUUCUACGACAAAGUAUGGGCUUUUCGGUUGCAGCAGCCCAGUGUCUGGUAGCUCCACCUUUUGGCUUUGCUGGAAUAAUGAUGCUGGCAACCUCAUGGGUUGGCGACAAAUACCGCAUCAGAGGACCCAUCGUGGCUUUCAAUGCUACACUAUGUCUCAUAGGCCUUCCAAUUAUGGGGUUCGCAAGUACUGCAGGUACUCGAUAUUUUGGGGUUUUUUUGACAACGGCUGGAACCCAUGCGAAUCUACCUGCUAUGAUGGUAUAUCAGGUAGGCUAA